AUGUCGAGAUCAAUUUUCAUUCAGAUGUCUGAUAGCAAGCAACUUGAAAACGAGGCAAGCUCCCUCCGACGUGUGGCUUUCGUUGGAGUUGUUGUCUCCUUCACUGCCACUUUGGUAUGCAUCAUUGCCGCCCCAAUGCUCUACAACUACAUGCAACACAUGCAAUCAGUUAUGCAAUCCGAAGUUGACUUCUGCCGCUCCCGAUCUGGGAACAUCUGGAAAGAGGUUACCCGCACCCAAGUUCUCUCCAAGGUUUCUGGGGGAGCAAUCCGAUCUCGUCGUCAGACCGAAUACGAAAACCUAGGCGUAGAAGGCUCGUCUUCACAGGGAGGAUGUUGCGGAUGUGGAACAUCUGCCGCUGGCCCGCCCGGAUCUCCAGGACCCGAUGGACAAGAGGGAUCAAACGGACGACCCGGAGCUCCAGGAACUAAUGGUCCUGAUGGUCGUCCUGCCACACAAGCUUCAGCAAGCGAUUUCUGCUUUGACUGCCCACCAGGGCCUCCAGGUCCAGCUGGAUCAAUUGGACCAAAGGGACCAAACGGAAACCCAGGGUUCGACGGUCAGCCAGGAGCUCCAGGAAACAAUGGUUUCGCCGGUGGACCAGGAGCCCCAGGAUUAGGCGGAAAAGACGGUCAAUCCGGAAAUGCCGGAGUGCCUGGAGCGCCAGGAAAAAUUACUAACAUCCAAAGACCAGCUGGACUACCAGGAGUACCAGGACCAAUUGGACCAGUUGGUUCAGCAGGUACGCCAGGAUCCCCUGGAAAUCCUGGAUCCCAAGGACCACAAGGAUCAGCUGGUGAUAAUGGAGGAGAUGGUUUCCCAGGACAGCCAGGAGCCAACGGAGACAAUGGACCCGACGGAGAGACCGGAGUCUCAGGAGGUUGCGAUCACUGCCCACCACCCAGAACUGCUCCAGGGUAUUAA